UGUGUGUGUUGUUGUUGUUGUUGUUUACAGGUCCCAAGGCGAGUGUGUGUCCAUCAUGCCGCUGUUUGGUAAAUCCCACAAGAGUCCAGCGGACAUCGUCAGGACUCUGAAGGAAAACCUGGCCAUCCUGGUCAAACAGGACAAGAAGACAGACAAGGCGUCUGAGGAGGUGUCCAAGUGUUUGGUGUCCAUGAAGGAGAUCCUGUACGGCAGCAACGACAAGGAGCCUCACACUGAGACGGUGGCUCAGCUGGCUCAGGAGCUCUACAACAGCGGCCUGCUCAUGUCACUGGUAGAAAACCUGCAGGUCAUAGACUUCGAGGGGAAGAAGGACGUGUGUCAGAUCUUUAACAACAUCCUGAGGAGGCAGAUCGGCACGAGGAGUCCAACUGUUGAAUAUUUCUGUUCCCACCAAGAAGUCCUCUUUAUCCUGCUCAAAGGGUACGAGACCCCUCAGGUAGCGUUGAAUUGUGGGAUCAUGCUGAGGGAGUGCAUCCGCCACGAGCCGCUCGCCAAGAUCGUCCUCCACUCGGAUCGCUUCAACAGUUUCUUCAGCUACGUGGAGAUGUCCACCUUCGACAUCGCGUCCGACGCCUUCGCCACCUUCAAGGAUCUCCUGACGAGACACAAAGUGCUGGUGGCCGAAUACCUCGAACAGAACUACGACGCUGUGUUUGCAGACUACGAGAAGCUUCUGCACUCUGAGAACUACGUCACCAAGAGGCAGUCACUCAAGCUUCUGGGCGAGCUGUUGUUGGAUCGACAUAACUUCACGGUGAUGACGCGCUACAUCAGCAAACCGGAGAAUCUGAAGCUGAUGAUGAAUCUGCUCAGAGACAAGAGUCCAAACAUCCAGUUUGAGGCCUUCCACGUCUUCAAGGUUUUUGUAGCAAACCCCAACAAGACGCAGCCCAUCGUCGACAUCCUGCUCAAGAACCAGACCAAACUAAUCGACUUCCUGAGCGGCUUCCAGAAGGACCGCACGGACGACGAGCAGUUCAACGACGAGAAGACCUACCUAAUCAAACAGAUCAGGGAUCUGAAGAAACCGGCGUCCUAGAGAAGCCCCCCUCCCUCCCUCCCUCCCUCCCUGACUUUUUAUCGAUAGGAAGAUGUACGGUAGAAAAAAAACACCUUAACAAUAAUAUUUAAAAUCUUCAAGACGUUAUUUGUCUUUCUUCUCUUCUUUGUUCAUUUGUGCAGACGUAGUUCUCAAUCACUGAUCGUUUCUUUUGUAAUGAUUUCUCAUGGAUCUUUUUGUUUUUUAAUCUGUAGCAUGUCGUGCCACAUCUCUGCUGUUGGAGGCAGCUGAUUCGCUCAGUUCAGAGAACCAGCGUUUAACAAAAAACAAAAAAAAUGCUUCAGAUAAAAUGGUUUAAAGGCUGUCUGACGAAACAGACCUGACCAUAUCUGUGAUCUGUCACUCACAGGCUGCAGGAGAUCAUUCCUGCUUUGAUUAAGUCGCUGCAAAUCGGAAAAAAAAGUAUAAAGAACAGCAGCUUAUUAUUAUUUUUUUUAAACGUGCUCCUUGUGUACUUCAUCAGUCAAAAUGAUGUAAAAACAUUGAAGGUCAAACUAAAACACGCUCUCAGUGGUUACUCAAAGCUCAAAAUCAGCCACGUUUUCUCUCUCGGGAUACAGACAUAAACGUGUGAGACAGAGAUUUCAGAUAUAAACAGACGUGAUCACUUCUUCUGAAGGUACGCCAUCUGAUCGGCUUCUUUCUAAGAAGAGGCCCCCAAGUGGGAAAAUCAGGACCGAUUCAUUUGGUGUCAGACUUCCACAAUGCCGAUAUUUUCUCUCACAUUCGACCAAGAAAAGAAGUCAGAGUAUGUCCUGCAGCUGACUUCAGAAACUCCUCUUCUCUGAAUCAGCAGUCGGGUGAAUUAGAUGUCAGCAUACAAGAAGAAGAGGAGUCAAUCUGGAUAUAAGAUGUACUUCCAGUUUUAGAAUAACCCGUGUGUGCAGUUUGGAUUGAGCUUUAGUAACGCUGAGAUUCAACGUGUUUUUUUACAGAAUCAGCUGUUAAAUGAAGGGUUCUUCUUCUUCUUUGCGGUGUCGUUGAGCUGCUAUUGGUACAGUCAGCUUCAAUCUUUCACCUGGUUCUCAUGGCUGGUGGCCGUUAGCACUUUCUGUAUGAUACAAAAAUAAGGAUUUUUUUGUUGUUGUUCAGCUGAUCACUGUUUUUGCUCGAUGGUGUUUUUUUUUAAAUAUCUAGAUUCAUCUCUUGUCAUGUACAGUUUCUUCUUUGUUCACCCUGAAGUGAGUGCCAUUUGUGAGUGAGAAGAGGAGACGCGUGUGAAGACGGCUGUUUGUGUUUCUCUCUGUUCUGUAACUCGUGUUUUACUCUGAUGUGUCGGUGUUAGACAGGAAACAGUGAGACGUUUCAGAGGUGCCUUUUUCUUUGGUUCUCUUCUUUGUUUUUUGUAUUCGCAGUCUCUUUUCUAGGGGGAGCUUAAUUAUGACCUUAAUGAAAAUAUGCUCUGAAGGAUAGAACAUAUUUGUUGUUGAUUAAGCAGUGAACCUCUUAACUCGCUAUAUUUGAGUUACGCUGUCGAAGAAACAUUUUUACACUUUUUUUUUUUUUUUGCCGUUGUUUACGGACACGAGUCACAGUUUCACUAUGAGAUUUGUCGCGGAAGUAGCGGAGAAUACGAGCUAUGAACUCAUGAAGAAACAAUGACUGCAGUCAGGCUGGAUGGUGAAAUGUAACUGUGAAUGAAAAAAAAAUCCACAUGUAGUUCAAAGGGAAGUCUGGUAUUUUAACCCUGGGCUCUGCAAUGUGACCUUCCAGGUAAUAAGCACCUGAUUCAGAUUCUGUCCACUGAAAGUUGUUUGAGUCCUGGUCAGGCUCAGGAGGAGACCUCUCUGUUAACGAGGAAGUUAAUUAUAAAAACCAGAAGCAGCUGUCACGUUUCUCUUCUCAAAUCCACACUCCAUUGACAAAAACAUUCAUUUUACAGAGCAGAACAUUUGAGUUUCUGUUGGACUGCGGCCUCGAUUGGUUUAAAAGUUUGUAUUGUUGUCCCACUUUUGUGUUUUAAAUGUUUAAUUCAGAUCCAAUCCCCUACUGGUGGAAUACAAAUCAACACCCAAAACGACCCGAAGGAGGCGACGAAUGAUGAACAACUUGAGCGAGUUAAAUUGCUGAUUUUGUGAAUGGAGUCUGGUGUGUUUGAAGAGCGUGAUGGAACAGCUGUUUCCUCUCAAACGAAGAGGCCUCUCUCUGUCAUCACUUGUUGAGCAUGUCAGCGACAAAAACAACUUCUUGUACCAAUUCGUCUUCAAAUGAUGUAAAAAAAAAAAACAACGAGGGAUUUUGAAAGUACCUGACUUCCCUUUUUUUAGAGUACGAUAAAAUGUGCAGAAUCAAUCAUGUCAAAGCACCAUUAUGAUAGUGGUGUCGGUUUUAUAUUUGACUUCAAAUUAAAAGAAGCUUCCAUUUUCUAAAAAUGUUGCACUUAAGUCUAUAAAAAUGUAGAAUUUAUCUCCCAAUCAAUAUUUGAUUCUGGUUUAAUGAAACGAUCCUCUCUGGGUUUCCAUUCGGCUUUUCUUUUCACAGAGCGUUAAAGAAAAAACGUGAAUAAUUUCUUGUUUGGGUAAAAACUGUGACAGUAUAAGGGCAGAAGUAACGUGUGGGGGGAAGACAGAGCGGCCAAACAUCUUUGUUUCUGAUUCAGCCAACACGUCUUUGCUGCGGCUGGACUUUAACUCUUCAUCAUCGUGGUCUCAGUUUCCCCUCUGAAAGCAGCAGCCACCACAUCCUCUCCACAGUGAUGCUAUCAGUGUACCACAUUCACCACAAAUAAACGGAUGGGAACGCA